UAAGCAUUUUCAAAAAAAAAAAAAAAGUGAUGGCAUUUUCGUGAAUAAUCUGAACUUUAGAGGUGAAAGAGGCAAGUCAAAGUUCCAAAAAAAACAAGGGUUAGUUUUUUGUUGGACUUCAAGUUUUGAAUCAUAUUUGCAAAAGCCCAUUAAUUAAUAUGUUAUUUUAUAAAAAUAUUUAAAUUUUUAAGUAAGAUUUUGUUAGAUUUUUUUUCAACAGAUUUUGUUAUAAUUAAAAAAUAUUUAAAUUUAUAGUUGGUUUAUUAUUAAUGUAAAUAAUCAAAUUUGUCAUAUUAACUAAUUUUUUAAGUGGUCCUACUAUGACUCAUUAAUGGUAGAUUAAAAUAAGACCCUAAAUUAAUAGAUUAGAUAAACAUCAAACAUGAAAAAAAAAUACAAAAGAAAAAUUAACCAGAUUUCAAUCAUUUUUCAUAUAUUAUCAAGUGUUUGAGGCUCUGAGCCAAUCUCGUCCAAAGGGGUCUAUUAGGAACAAUAUAUGUAUGAUUGGGGUAUGUGUACAAAACAAUAUUUUUCUUUAUUUCUAAAUAUAUAUAUAUGUUUUCUUUUAAAAGCUGAUUUAUUAUGAUAUUACAAUUAUGAGAAAGAUUACAUAGACGAUUCGACAACCGACAAUACUACCUGCCUUAUAAGGAUCUAUGCCUAACUGCAUCACCUGAGCCGUCCUACUACGCCUGCCCAGAUUUACUUGCACCAUGUUGAAGAUCUCUUGUAAGCUUUUCUUCCGUAGUUUGCAUGAUUGUUUAAUAAAUCGCUUUCUUCGGGAAUUGAAACAUGGACCUCUAUAAAGCGCAAUCUACAAGAGAUUGUAUAGCCUGAGAUUCGAACCCCAGACCUGGGUGUAGAAACCUUUAAACCUUAACCACUAGGUCACGGUGCUUCCACAAUAUAUAUAUAUAUACGCUUUAACAAAUAGAAAAUUCAUUUAAUCCCAAAACCGUAAAACCUGAUCGUAGAUGUUCAAUGGAAACCUUAACAAGCACCAUACAACUCCCAGAGGCGAUACUAGCAGAGAUUCUAGCAAGGUUACCCUUGAGAAGCAUCUCUCGAUUCAAAUCCGUUAGCAAAACAUGGAAAUCAACACUCGAGUCCGUGUAUUUUCGACGUCUAUUCGUGUCUCUCCACAAAAACUCCUCUCCCGCUUGGUCUCUAAUAUCAUGCGAAGGAAAAGAACUGAUAGGGUUCCAUGGAUGCAAGACAUGGGAUCUUCCCAAGUCUCUAGCUUCUUACAUCCCACUUUCUCUUCAAUACUAUACGGCUUCUUCCAACGGUUUGGUUUUGCUUGAAAGACAUUGUUCUGAUGAUUAUAGCUGCUAUGUGGGCAAUCCAGUUUUACAACAAUGGGUCAAAAUCCCUCCGACAGAUGUUAACUCUCGUGUGGUUGGUUUAGUGACUCGUGUAGACAAGGAUGGUGUCGUUUUGGACUUCAAAGUUGUUAGGUUAGCUUCACUGAAAACAAAAUAUAAUAUCUCGUGUAGUUUGAGUAUGUGUAUUUAUUCCUCUGAGACAGGGGUUUGGACUUCAAAGAUCGUUCACUGCUCUAUUCUAGUCUUUUUCCUCCGUACUGAGACUCUGAACGGUACGGUUUACUUUAAAUGUCGCGACGAUCGUCUUAAAUCUGAAGUACUUGUCUCUCAUGAUUUAUACUAUCAAUGUCGGGUUGUACCUUUCCCAGUACCUUUGAAUCACAACGACUGCCACGACGUCUUGACAACAUCAGGAGGUUUUAUCAUGUAUAUCAGAAAAUUAGGUCAAAAGGAUGAAACUAUUUUCAAGAUUUGAAGAUUGAACAAUCAUGAAUCUUGGUAGCUUUUGUGGGAGAUGCCUAUCAUUGAUUAUUAUUUUUUACUUGUGGCUAUGCAUCUCUUUGAUAGUGAUAUUUUUUAUCUACGGUGUUUUAAUAACUGUCAUUUGGUACAAUGUAACUUGCGGACAGCAAAAUGAGAGAAUACUUGGAGAUGAAGAUAAAGAGAAAAUUACAUUGGAAGACACAUUUCAUCUUUUCAAUUACAUUGACAGGCACAUUGUGCUUGUAGCACACUUUAUGCUUGUUGUUUGUCUGUUUUGUCCUUCAACUAAACUUUAAUUUUCUUACUUUUUCUUUAAUUAAAUGGCUGAAAAUAAAAUUAAAAAGAACAAAUUAAGACUAUCUCUCUCUUCACGCACUUCCAAGUUCUGGUUUUAGUGAAAAUCCAAGAUCUCAUCUUUUGCAUAAUAUCGACGGACGACAAACCAGACGAUUUCUGGUGGCGUGUGGAAUAUGGAUUGAGGAUCAGCUUUCCGAGGUGUUAAUUGUAUAACUCAACAAUGGAUUCCGCAAACUCGAAUCGUUCUUCCUGAGUUAACUCGGAAUUCAUGGUGAUGAAGAUCUCAAGAAUUAUAUAGACUGAUGGCAAUACUGUUCGAGUGACAUAGUGGGGAACAUGCGUUCAUGCCAAGUUCUGUUAUGACGAUUAAGAUGGGUAUUGAGCGCUGGAAAAGAUCCCUGAAAUAGUGGAUGUGGAAUCAGUUCCAGAUUAAGAAAAUAGCCUUGAACUCAAUAACGAAAAACAUUGAAAAAUAGGUUUUUGGUACAAGCUAUUUAUUGCUUAAGUUCUGUAUGUACGUGUACUUUUGUGCUAUCAUUUGCUCAACUCUAUAUUUUUUGGGUCAAACACUGUUAUUUUGAGCCUUGAACUGAAUAACAAAAACAUCAAAGCUUUAGAUU